AUGCAGGAGAGUACAGGAGCAGCCAGAGCCAGGAGGAAGAGCCUUCACCAAGCAAACAAUCCAGAGCGGCUGUGCAAAUACCGGGGCAUAAAUGAGGCCUCCUGGACCAUGAAGUGUGUCCUGAGCUGCAUCCCGGAGCCCAUGGUAGUCAUGGCGGCCAGAGCGCUCUGCAUGCUGGGGCUGGUCUUGGCCUUGGCGUCCUCCAGCUCUGCUGAGUACGUGGGCCUGUCUGCAAACCAGUGUGCCGUGCCGGCCAAGGACAGGGUAGACUGCGGCUACCCCCAGGUCACCCACGAGCAGUGCAACAACCGGGGCUGCUGCUUUGACUCCAGCAUCCCUGAAGUGCCUUGGUGCUUCAAACCCCUGCAGGAACAAGGAGUCAACACCUCCACACUGCCAUACCCCCUCCCAGACUCCUUCCUGCUAUGCCCCUGA